AUAUCCCUGCGUCGCAUCCACCUUCUGACAUUUUCAAUGACAGUUUGCCCACAUUUUGUUACAUUUCUUUGAUAUCAAAGGUGGUCAAAUCAUAAGGUGACCGCUAUGCACAGAGCUGCACAUACAGCUGUAUAUUCCUGUUCUAAUAUCGUCGGUCCAGCCAUGAUUCGCCAGUGUUUAAAAUGCAGAGUGCCCCAGCAGCUGAGCUCACGUGCGUACAGUGUGGUCCCAACCCCACGCAACAGUGAGGAGAAGGAGAUGCUGCACCGGAUCCUGCGCGUGGAUCACGCGGGUGAAUACGGGGCCAACCGCAUCUACGCCGGCCAGAUGGCAGUGUUGGGUCGGUCAAGUUUAGGACCUCUCAUCCAGGAAAUGUGGGAUCAAGAAAAGGUACAUCUUGCAAAAUUCACUGAGAUUCUGGCAGAGAGCAGAGUCCGCCCCACAGCGCUGUUACCCUUCUGGAACGUCGCUGGCUUUGUAUUAGGUGCGUCCAGUGCACUGCUGGGAAAAGAGGGCGCCAUGGCCUGCACUGUGGCAGUAGAGGAGAGUAUUUCAGAGCACUACAACAGCCAGAUAAGAGCUCUGAUGGAGGAGGACCCCGACAGAUACACUGAACUGUUACAAGUGAGUCAGCCACUGUUGUACUGUAUUACUUAUAGUACAUGCUAAUGCCUUUUUGUGGUGAUAAACGA